AUGGUCCAUAGCGGAAGUGCAGAAGCCGACGACCCGAGCACCAGAGACACUGAUGCCGAACUCCAGCGCAGGCUACGGAGUCGACAACGCAGACAAUGGCAAUGUCCGCAAUGUGAUCAGGCCUUCAAGAAACGAGAGCACAUGAUACGACACAUUCGAUCCCAUACAAAGGAGAAGCCAUUCGUCUGCGAUAUUUGCCCAAAAAGCUAUGGGCGCCGGUAG